AAUCUGCCGUGCGGAGCAAUUGACGGCGGCCUCGGUCGCAUCAUCCUUGCCCGCAAGCCCGCAAAACGAUGAUUCCUCCAAACGACGCCACCGGGAACCCGGCACGCUGAGCGGCAGACUAUUGUCUGGGGUAGAAGCUAGAGCCUUCAACUUUCACUUUUUUCCAAUUCCCACGUUAUGCCUUCGUUGGGAGAAGGUCCAGCCCUUAACUUUGUCCACCAAGCGUACGAGCCGGAUGAAGCGCAACCUAGUACACAAUCUUCAGCUUCAGCAUGCGCCUUCACCCAGCCGACAAAAAUGACGAAGACCUGGCGACCAUAACCCGCGAGAAUACGUGGGAUUCCUCCGAGAAGACACCACAAACUCCAAUUGCUGAUGUCGAGGAACCCGUUCCCCAGCAGGCACUUUCCCAGCAGCAUGGCUUUAUACCCCCCAACGGAGGGUUCGAAGCAUGGUUGCUGGUCUUUGCGGGUUUCCUGGUCUUUGCCAAUGUCUGGGGCAUCGUGAGCACCUUUGGCGCAUUUCAGGCUUUCUUCAUCCGAGACCUCCUUGCCAACGAGUCCGCAUCAGCAAUAUCGUGGAUCGGUAGCGUCCAGGCUUUCCUGGUCGUCUUCACGGGGGUGUUUGGCGGCCCGCUCUUCGAUCGCGGCUAUCUCAGAUCGCUCGUCUUCGCCGGUUGCUUCCUCACCGUGUUCGGCAUGAUGAUGACCAGCCUGGCCAAGUCCUACUACCAAGUCUUUCUGGCGCAGGGCGUUUGUGUCGGCUUGGGAGCCGGUCUAUCCUAUGUCCCGACGUUGGCGCUCAUCUCGACUUACUUCACAACCAAACGCCCCAUCGCGAUCGGGAUUGCCGCGGUAGGCUCGAGCGUGGGAGGUGUCAUCUUCCCCAUCAUGUUUCGCCAAUUGCAGCCACAGAUUGGCUAUGGCUGGACCGUCCGUUGCAUUGGCUUCAUCAACCUGGCUUUCGCGGUGCUUAUCUGCCUCAUUCUCGGCAGGCAUAGGAAAGAGGGGGGAGGUCAAGCACGAUCUCUCUGGGACCUGACAGCUCUAAGAGAGCCGAUCUUCCUUUUGUGGACCACCUCGCUGUUCUUCCUCUUUCUGGCCUACUACAUCCCCCUUUUCUUCAUCGUUUCUUGGGCACGCUGGGUGUUGGAUACGUCGGAAGACAUGGCAUUCUACAUGCUCGCCAUCUUGAACGGUGGAUCAUUCCUCGGUCGCACAUUUCCCUACCUUCUAGGUCGGCGCGUGAAGCCAGUCUACACGCUCAUCUUCGCCGCCGUCCUGGGUACCGUCCUUAUAUUCUCUUGGAUCGCCAUUCACAGCUCGGCAGCAUUUAUUGUUUGGUGCGUCCUUUGGGGAUUUGUCGCAGGAGUCCUCGUCACGGCUCCGACCUCCACAAUGCCACAUCCUGUCAUAUCACCAAAUAUGGGCGUGAUUGGCACAAGGAUGGGGAUGAGCUGGAGUGCCGCCGCUGUCGGAUCUAUCAUUGGAUCGCCGAUUGCCGGAGCCCUCGCGAACGUCGCUUCUGGAGACUUUCUUCACGCACAAAUAUUUGUCGGUGCUGUCAUGGCAGCAGGUGCUAUUUGUUUAAUUCCAGCAUUGAUUGCAAUUGAGAGGCAUGACCGCAAAUCUAAAAGUUGAUUCUUGUUUAUCCACCCAUAAGUGAGCGUUAUUGUAACCGGGCCUCAUAUUGGAG